AUGAAUCAUUCUUUGUUGGACAUUUUACCCGUUGAAUUAUUAUACAAUAUUUUUACUUAUUUUUGGGCACAUGAGAUUCUGUUUACAUUUAGUAAUGUCAGCGCCUCUAUCGAUGCUGCGUUACUUUCAUAUGCAUCGUAUCAAGUUAAUUUCAGGUCUAUCCUGAAAACUCGAUUUGAUCUUGUUUGCCGUACAAUUCAACCAGAUCAUAUAAUUUCGCUGACACUUUCUGGGCUUGAUGAUACUCCGAAACAAUGUAAAAUCUUUAUGGCACAUUUUCGAGCUGAAGAAUUCUCGAAACUGCGAUUAUUUACACUAAUCAAGGUAAACAAACAAGGAAUGAAAAAACUUGUAAGUUUCAUCAAAAAUCUUAAUUCAAAAUGCCAAAUUUCGCUGGACGACUGUGAUAUUCAUAAGAUGGUUUAUGCUCAAGCGAUGUCUCAAGUGACUCGAUUGAGAAUAAGUGAUAGCCAACAAGUCGAUACGUAUUCAUUGUUUGGCAUUUUUCUGCAUCCAAUAGUACAAUCAUCAACUCACAAGUUUGGAGACAUUUGUCUAAAUGUAUCAAAACUUCAAUCACUCGAGGUUCACCUGAUAAAUGUUGGCUACCAAAUAGUCUUCGCAUUUCAAUUGCCUCAGCUCACUCGUCUCGUUCUGAAAAUAGAAAGUGAAUAUUUAACUGAUUAG